GCUGGGAGGGGUGAGAACUGAGAGAGUCACAGAGCUGGAAAGAGUCACAGUCCGGAGAAGGAGCCGAAAAGUUCAGGACAUAACACAUGUGGAUGUUUUUUGAGUUUCCAAAGUGUUUUGGAAAUUGUUAUAAGGGCGAGGACACAAUAUUGACUUUUCACCUCAAGUGAAAAAAAAUCACAUAUUUUGGACCAGGGCAUCAUUACGCAGGAAAGAAAAAAAACCUUCCAGAUUCUGCGAUCUUUCCCCACCACCGGGAUGUUUAGAUGUGAGAGCAGUGACUUCAGGUCCUUUAAGAGGCUCUAAGAUGACAGCUGUGACCCUGCCAGGUUGAGCAGCCUCAGCCUCCCUCUGCUGUGUCCAGUGCUGUGGCGCCCUCUGCUGUGUGACCGGGGAAGGCCAGGAAGGGCAGGCAGUAUGGGGAACAUACUGGAGGAAGGGAUGAACACUGUCAUCGUCAGCCACUACAACCACUCGGGGAAGUGGGACCGGCCUCGCAGCAGUGGGGCCUGUAAGAUGGUUGUGCUGCUCUUCAUCUGCGUGCUGAUUGUUCUGGAGAACGUCACGGUCCUGCUCGCUCUCUGGAGGAACAAGCGCUUCCACAGCCGCAUGUACUUCCUCAUUGGUAACCUGGCUCUAUCAGACCUGCUGGCUGGUGUGGCCUACGUGGUUAAUAUCUUUACCUCAGGGCGCAACACCUUCUUCCUGACACCAGUGCAGUGGCUGGCCAGAGAAGGGAGCAUGUUUGUGGCCCUCAGUGCAUCCACGUUCAGCCUUCUGGCCAUUGGGAUUGAGAGGCACAUGACUAUGGUGCGUUUGCGCCCAUGUGAGACAGCAGGGCGGGGGAGACUUCUAGGUCUGCUGGCAGCCUGCUGGCUUGUGUCAGUGCUGCUCAGUGCCCUGCCCAGUUUGGGAUGGAACUGCCUGAACAGUAUGGACUCCUGCUCCACAGUGCUGCCACUCUAUGCUAAGAGUUACGUGGCCUUCUGCAUCAGUGUGUUCAGCGCCCUGUUGGUGGCCAUCAUCAUCCUCUACAUAAGGAUCUACCGCCUGGUGACCUCUAGUGGCCGCAGGGUGAGCAGCCGGCCUUCAGAGCGCUCACUGGCCCUGCUGCGGACAGUGGUUAUUGUUCUUGGAGUGUUUGUUCUGUGUUGGACCCCUCUCUUCCUCCUGCUGCUGCUGGAUGUUGGCUGUAGCCCAGAUAAGUGCCCUGUGCUUUACCAGGUGGACUGGUUCAUUGCCCUGGCUGUGCUCAACUCUGCCCUCAACCCUCUGAUAUACACUCUGUCUAGCAGGGAGAUGAGGGCGGCGUUCUUCCGGCUGCUGUGCUGCUGUCAGACCAACAUGGAGUCCUCUGGGACUCCUGUGGCGGGCAACCCCCACCUGGGCACAGUCAUCCCCACAGCAGAGAAUAGCAAGACCAGUUUGGGUGGAGGAGGGGGCAGUGGGGCUGGCAAGUCCACGCUGAACAGAGGGAAGGUUUCUACACCUAUCAACUCUGAAAACAAGCAUGGAGAUCUCUCAGCCACUGCUGUGCCACAUCCUUCUGGACCUGCAGACCUGCUCUCGGCUGUGCUUGUGAAGGCUGGGGCGCUGCCGCCCCUUGGCAAGUUCUGAGUGGAAGCACCUUAAUGAGGCCUUACAGUCACACAUAUGUAGACAUAGAACUGACAUAGUCCUGCUAUUAGCCACUUUUUGUUAAUGCACUAUGGCCAGUGUAGCAUGGAUAGGAUGAAGGAAUAAUAUUCAGUUGGAACCACAUAAGUGUAGAUUGCAAAUCCGAGUAAAAUCAAAUUCAUCCAAAGCCACUAUUUACAACAACUCAACACUAUUAUUCACAACACUAGAGUGACUGAUAUAUUGUGUUUGUCUUACACAAUGAUUAAUGUUGACUUUUCAAAACUAUGAAAUACAAUAAGACAGUUUCACAGACAUGGACUAAAUCAAACCCCAAAAUACAUCUCUUGGCUUAAUUAAUGUCUGUGGAACUAGUAUCUUGUGUCUGUCAGUGUGUUUAUUUUUAUUUUGUCAUUAUAACAGCAGAACAGAUCAAAUUGGGGCACUUUAUUUGCAUGUGCUAUAUGCAAGUACUCUUAAAACACCUGCAUUUCCAUCACAACAUGACUUGGUAAACUUUAUUUUCUGUGAAAACAUUUGCCAUUUUAAUACUAUUGAUAUAAUUUUUUGGUAUAGUUUGUAUGCAUAAAAAACAUCAUGGUACUACGGUUUUAUUAUUGAUUUUGUUAUGAUUUGAGCUGCACUGAGAGAGAAAACAAGACUAAAAGUGUAUUUGUCAGACAAGCGGCCUCAUGAGGCUGUGAUGCUCAUUACGCACCAGAAAACAUAUUGUUGGAUGACUGAAAAAUGUAGAGACAACAUUGCCAUGUUUUUACUUAAACCAGUAGUGUUCAACUUCUGUACAGUUACCAGAACUGACUUAUCUUUCAUUGGUUGAAGCUCCACUCUGUCAGCACCAGCUGCACUGUGAGCUGAAUUAGCGUGGCUAAUAACUACACUCAUGGACAUUUUUGCUCCUCAUCAGCACAUCUAGAAACCACUCACACGUCAACUAACCACUAGAGAAUAGGAGUGUUGGAUGUGAAUUAUUUAAUGGCGGUAGACAGCAAAUUACAUUUCUGUCUAGGGUGGUGUAGUGCCUGAUACCAUUAUAUAGCAAAUAAAAUAAAAUCCUAUUCCCUUUUA